AUGUCAUCCAUCAAGAAUAUCCUUGUUCUCGGGGCUGGAGAAUUAGGCACACAAGUACUGCUGUCCCUCGCCCAGCAUCCUCACUUGAAUGACAUCGUUGUGUCCGUCCUUUUACGACCUUCUACCAUCUCAUCAACGCGACCGGAGAAGGUACGGGAGCUCUCGUUACUGCACCAACACAACAUUCAGCUUGUUCCCGGCGACCUCGUGGCAGACUCUCAGGAGUCACUAGCCCAGACCUUCCGCGGAUACGAUACAAUUAUCGGCUGUACAGGCUUUGUUGCCGGUCGUGGAACACAAAUCAAAUUAGCACAGGCGGUACUCGCCGCUGCAGUUCCUCGCUAUAUCCCUUGGCAGUUCGGGGUGGAUUACGACGUUAUUGGACGAGGAUGCGCACAGGAGCUUUUCGACGAGCAGCUUGAUGUUCGCGAUCUUCUUCGCUCCCAGACUAGCACCCGAUGGACUAUCAUUUCUACGGGCAUGUUUACCAGUUUCCUCUUUGAGCCUUCAUUCGGUGUAGUGAACCUGGAAGAUAGCUCAAUCUGCGCCUUGGGUAGUUGGGACACCAGGGUUACGGUGACGGCGCCCGAGGACAUUGGAAAGCUCACUGCGGAAAUCGUUCUCGGCUCCGACUCAGAUGUAGCAUUCAACAACCGACCGACCUUUGUUGCUGGCGACACCGUUAGUUAUGCGGAAUUGUUGCGGAUAGUGGAGGGUGUCACAGGGAGGCAUUUCAAAAGGAGCGUCCGGACGGUUGAGGCUGCGAAGGACGAUCUUGCAAAGGAACCAGAUAAUUCACUAUAUAAGUAUCAGGUGGUCUUUGGGGAAGGUCGGGGCGUUGCAUGGGAUUCGUCUACAACGUGGAAUCGUGAGUCGGGAGUAAAUGUUCUGUCAGUGAAGGAGUAUGCAAGUCGGUACCUUGUUUAG